AUGGCGGCAAUCACCCGCUCAAAUGGGGAUCCUGAAGAGGUAAAUUCGCCCAACUCUGCCCAUGACGCGCUCCGCUAUGGUGCCGACAUGAACUCGCCUCAGCAGGCUGUGGUUGCAAGCAUCGUCCAUCGCUUGCGAAACCAGCUCCCUCAGAACUCCGGACUCUCAUUGUUGGAUCUAGAAGUUGACCCUGCCAUGCAACAGACUGUUGAGGCUCUCGUCCAAAUUGCACAAACCAGGCUAGACUUCGUCGUUUGGUCCCUGGCCGAAUUGCUUCAAAAAAUCCUCAAACCUGUCUCUCCACCCCCACGCGAAGGAAUUCCACUUGAUGUCCUGUUGUCUAUUCUUCACGUCCUUAAGGUCAUGACGACUGCCAUGACUAGGCACUGGGUUUACCAUCGGGACGAAACCCUUAAAAGAGCGAAAAACUUCCACGACCAAGUAAAGGACUCAUGGGUCGAUCCUCCCCCAUUCGAUGAACCCGUCGCGGAGUAUAUUCUCAUUGUCAUGAUCAGAUUCCUUCGACAGCAAAAGCGUUUCCAACCGAAGCAAAUCCGAGCACCAGGUCAUACCCGCACUGGCUCUUUCCCGGACUUCGGGGCAAUUGACAUGCGUGGUGCAAAGGAAUCCUUUCAAGCCACUUAUCGUACCUUGUUCCCCCUUGUGCCAGCUUUUUCCGUUGGUCGGCAUCAGUGGGGUCUCUCAGUUGAAAAAGGAGACACCUAUGAAUACCCACAAUCCGCGUUCGAAAUGACCGCGACGUCGUUCCAUCUGUCGAAUUCGACUGCCACGAUCGAGUGGUUAAUUCACUUAUAUUCAUGUCGCGCCAUAUUCUAUCUUUCUGCCUCAAACUGGCCGGUGGUUUUCGCGAAGAUUCAUAGCAAGCUUCGUGAUAUCGCGGAUUCAGUGAAAGGUGAGGAGGAGGAUAUGACAGAGGUCAGGCUGAUUGCUGUCUGCGCUCUGGAUCGCGAUCGGCUCUUUAGCAUAUUGAGAGAGCUCUCGUCCCUUCUAGUGAGCAUGGGCCCAAAGGGAAAAGUUGCGACUACACUCUGUCUGCGCCCUGCAAUCUGCACAUGGGCUGUCUGCUUCCCCACCCAAGUGAGAGAGCAAAUUGUUAAUCCAGCAAGAAUGGAGGGGACUACAGAACGACUAUAUGACAAGCUUUUCUCAAUGAUGCUGAGCAUGUUGCCACAGGAACAGCCAUCGUUGUGGGCUGCACUCGCCUCCCUAUUAAUCACAGCACCAGAUCGCCUUAGGCAGCUUACGCAACAGGCUUACGAGCCUCAGAACACCAAGCGUCAGCCGAACUUCCUCAUGAUGUUGCAAAAGGCACUUUUUGGCCCCUCUCUCCUGAACUCAGAACUUUCUAUGGCUUGUUAUGUUAUCUUCUGCAAAGCGCACACUAUGAUGGCUUCCCUGCCCGAUAGUUCUCCGAUUCGGUCAAAUGCCUAUGAGUUUGCGUCCGACUUGCAUGCGGCGAUAUUCCGACCGACACAAGAACAAGGCACGAUGGCGUUUCAUGAGCGAGAUGAUGUCUCGAAUCGGGCUCUCUAUACCGAUGUGUUAGCCGCUAUCCACAGGUACAAUGGGUCAACGGUGAAAGAUGACCUAUUUUCCAAGUGUCUUGUCGCAGAAUCGGACGUCGUCAAACUGUGCGCAGUUGACGCAAUCCUCACUUUAAUCAUUGAGUACCGAAGGUUUUCUCCCGAGGCUAUAGGUGAUUUGUACACACUUGCUAGGGGAUUACGGAGGCUGUUUAUCAAUAUUGUCAAGCAAGAGCACAGGACGCCGAACAAGCAAUUCAGGUUCACCGCCCCAUCCAAUGACCCCACUAUGUCCCGGGAGGUCCAUGACUCUUGGUCCACUGAUCCGACUUUAUGUGACCGAGACCACUUGCUAUUGGGUAUAAUGUCCAUCAUCCGACUUGAUCCCCAGAUGCUCUUGCAUGAAAGCUCAGAGUCUGAAGACAUAGAAUUCCCCGAAGCCCUGGCAAAUAUAAUCCGGCCGAAUAUGCAUCCCACCGUGAGGCUGUCAGGAAUGAAAGUCUCAGCAACAUUCGGGGAAGAGCUACUAAGGGCUUCCAGGAGCGGAGGUUUAUCUCCGCAAUUGCGACAGAUGGCUGCUUGGCAGGUACGGACAGCAAGGUUCAAAAUGGAACAUCUUCAUGACGAGGAAGAUUUCUCAAGCCAUGACCAUAUCUAUCUUCAAUCGAUUCAUGCGUACAUCGCAGCUAAACUCCUCCUUUAUACGAAUCGCUCUCAAACCUAUAGUCCGUUCAGGGUGUUAGAGGAUGUAGUGUCGUCUGAAGUUCUCGCAAUUCUAUAUCUAGCCUCUGGCCGGGAUGGGUCUGUUAAUUUGGCAUGCGACUUGUUGGGCGUCGUUGGGCGUGCAGACGCCUUGGGAAUGACAUCUAUUAAGAUGUAUAUACCAGAAGAAAACGCUCGGAAGCGCGCGGAUACAUAUUUCGAGCUCAAUGAAACGCCAGAUCAGGCGCUAGGCAGACUUGCUCGUCAAAAACGUAUCCGUGCUUGCAUUCGUAAACUGGCAUUCACCUUUCCUUUCUACACGGUUGCUUGGAUGGAAAUAUAUCGUCGAUGGCAAAUUUUGCUCGAGAGUUGUGCCCGAAUUCCAUCCGAUACUCAGCACUCAUUGACACACCCGAAUCUCAGCAACCAGUUCCUUAACCAGAGUUCCACGUCAUUCACUAUUCAGGAUGAUAGCAAGGAGUGGGCCAAUCUGACGUUAUUCCUUGCAUCUUUUGCUGGUUGUUGCACGUCCAGCGACAUCUCGGAAACCAAUUCAUCGUCUCUGGAUGAUUUAGUUGCUGAGACAUUGCCGUUGCGGCUUCAGAGAUUACUAGACAGUGGUGUAGCUGAUGCUGCCAAAGAUUAUUUGCGACAAAUGGUCGAUUUCCUAACGGUAGAGUCAGUCCAACUGAGAGAACUUGCGAAAGAGGCGUUGGGAAAUGAGUUGAGCCCCAAUAUGUUUCCGAAUGUUUUGUCUUUCCUGGGAAUGCGGAUCGAGGACACGUUCGGUGCGACUCUGCCCGAUUGGGAUGCGCCUUUCAUCCUUUUCGCUGACCAGGCAAUGUCAGUGUUGAAGUCCAUUGUGGACAGAGCCGAUGCGUUUGGUUCUAAACCUAUCCUCCCUGCUGAGACACUGGAUCUGGGUGCCACGCUCAAUAUCCUCGUAAGAUUUGUUCACCAAGCCUCUAAUAACGACCAAGGGUGGCGUGCCAAGUCAAAACUAUGUGUUCUGAUCGAUGCUGUUACGUCGAGACGUGAUUACUUUCCGCUUCGCAAAGACAACAAUCAGAGGAACGUGAUAUUGGACACUGUAUCGGGUUGGAGUUCUCAUUCUUUUCCGGACGUUUUGGUGUCUGAUGCAAGCGGGAGGCUCAUCAAUGACCUUGAUCUGGCGUGCCUACAAUGCGUUGUAUCUCUCACCAAUGGCCUCCGCCUUGAGGCCGUCGACGGCUCAAACGCGCUUCACUCGAUUCAUAUGGAAUCACGUUUGUUCUAUCGGUAUUUCACUUUCUUCUCAACCGUCAUUGAUAGAUGGAUGCAAAGUUCCCGCGAGCACGAUCCGCAAUAUGCACCAGAAUCUGCUAGUGUAUCAAGUGGCCAUCUUUCGAAGCCCAUGUCGGAUCAGGAUCACUCCCGACUUUGGGAAUACUCAGUUCAAGGAAUCAAUAAUCUUUUGCAGGCCAAUAUGCGGGCAGGAUUGGCCCAUUGUCUCCGUUUGAGCUAUCAUGAAGAUGCUCGCGUUCGAGCUUUAUUCCUUACCAUGUUCACUAAGGCUCUCAAGGACGGUGCAGAUUUUGAUGUUGCGAUACCCAUGACGAAGCCUGUACAUGAAAAGACAAGCAAGCUGUGCGAGUUACUGAAAUCUCCGGAUCUGGUAAUGGCAUCGGUCCUUUUGGAGCGGUGGCCUUCGCCCGAUCAUGAAGGGCUCUGCGAGCUCAUUUUGAACGUGUUCAACACCCGCGGAACGCUGAUGUAUCUGCUGAAGGCCGUCAUUGAUCAAGAAGUAGGGCUCGCACCUGAAAAAGCGCUUUUUCGAGGAAAUGACAUGCGCAAUUUGCUGUUGACCGCAUUUUGUCGGAAAUAUGGCUAUCAAUAUUUGCAUAGAAUUUUGACGCCGUUGUUGGAGAUAAUGCUUUCUCAAGCAGAUACAAACUCGUAUGAAGUUGACCCGAACAAAUUACGACCCAAUGAGGAUAUCGAGACAAAUGCCGAAAACCUCCGGAUCGUCACACAAGCAUUUCUCAAUGUUGUAGUAGGCUCAGUGGAUAUUGUCCCUCCGAUGAUCCGGGAGUUAUGCGAGCACAUUGCACGCCGGGUUGAGGAACGAGGGGAAAGGGGGAAGGAAAAAGAUGCCAUAUCUCCAGCAAUAGGAGCCUUCGUAUUUUUAAGAUUUAUUUCCCCCGCUGUUGUGUCCCCGUGGUUGAUCGAUAUGGACGCGCCGUUUCAGAAUGCUAAGAUCAGACGAGGACUCGUUUUCGUUGCUAAGAUUGUCCAGAAUUUGGCAAAUAACGUGCGAUUCGGUAGGGAGAAAUUCAUGGUUCCAUUCAACAGGUUCCUGGCGCAAAAUAUCGAGCCUGUAACCCAAUACGUAAAGGCACUCUUGUCGCCCACCCCUGGAACAAAUGACCUCGAUAAUCAAGCCACUAUUGGGUCGCCUUAUGAUGAGACAGACCAUAUGCUUCUCCACAAAUUCAUGCAGAAGAAUGCCGACAGCAUUGGGAAAGAUCUCCUCAGAUCAAGAGACUCCCCAAUACAUCAAUUGGGCGCAGUGACUCAUCAGCAAGGCAAGAUGGCCUGGGACAAUCUUUGUGGAGCUCUCGUCGAGAUCGGAGCCCCACCGAAGAUCACCCCUCCGCCUGAUUUGUCUUCAGCUCAACACGAUUUAUACCUCAAUUUUCUGCUUCGCAAUGCCGUCAAAUGGACAGGAAAUGUCGAGCCCUUGUUCCUAGACCUUGACGAAACCGCAGCGGAUGAGACCACCUUUUUAUUUCGCCUCGGAAGGAUUAACGUCGAGAAGAUAGAUGUCCACGUCCUUAUUAUCCACAUCUUCCGAACCGUGACAUCUGCUAGUGCGGCCAAAUUUAAUUUGCUGCUGGAUUGCACUGGUUUCUGUGCAUCAUCUGAGAUGCCCUUUACAUGGUUCAAGGAGUUUUUCGAAGUCGCUCCAAUGGACCUACUUUCUCGCCUCGAUGAGAUUAGGAUUGUAAACCCGAAUCGCUUCGCUCAACGUUUCCUUAGGAAAGCACAUUUUAUGCUUGAAGAUGUUCCACUCAAAGGCCGCGCUGCGGCCUACCUUUCGACCUCACCGGAAUUCCGGCUCCUAUACCCUUCACUGAAGAUUCUGGACGAAGAAGAAUCAGAGUCUGGCACGGAUCUGCCGGUGCCGGAACCAUUCUCAAGUGUCAUUCUUCUAGAUGAAAGACGGGUUCCUACACAUGUAACCCUGAAUUUUGAGCAGACUUUCGUGCGGGUCACGACAAAAACAAGCCAACGACUGUAUCCUGGCCUUAAAAGUCUUCUUACUGACUUGAUCCAUUACACGGACAUUGAUGAUGUGUUCAAGAGCCCAAGCAGGGAGAAGCACAAUGAGUUCAUUGUUCGACGUGGCGAGGACUAUAUCAUACUUGAUUCUCCUGCAUGUGAUGAUAUCAUCAGGGCAUUCCGGAUUGCUAAAGGCCGAUCGAGAGCAAGCAGAACAGGCUUCACCAGGGGUGUUGUGGUGGAAGGAGACAUUUCCGCCAUCUUCAUAAACCUUGGGCUCAUCAACGUCUCGCAUUCAGACUUCACCCUGCGUUGCGCUGCUUUCGAGCUCAUUUACGCCGCAUCUGCCCGAUUGAAAUACAAUGACGGCAACCUGUUAGUGAGCCGAGGUUCCUUCACUCCUUCCAACCCAACAGCCUUCGCAACCCAUUUCAGCGAGAAACUGUCGCAAUUUGCACCCGGCUUGACCUUGGACUUCAUGAAGGAAUUCUCAAUUGGCUAUGAUGAAUCGCCUGUCGUCCAGAAGCAGGCUGCGGUCAUUCUCAAGAAAUACUCCAUGAUGCAAAUACGUCAUCCUAACCAGGAGCUCGAUGGAGGGGAAUUACCGCCUGCAGACGUCCAACGUGCUAGAAUGGACACAGAGCGAUCCUCAAGGUGGCAGAAGUCUAUUUGUCUGCACUUUCUCCGUCCUUGGAUACGCAAUCUAUCCAGAUUUCGUGACCCCAAUGACGGGUUAUUCGAUGCCUCCGAAGAAGGUGUUCGCUCUAUGAUUCGAAUGAUGAUUGAUAUUACCAUCCGUGACACGGAGCUCUCUGCGACAAUUCACCAGUGCAUUUGGACGGAAGUGGCAAAACUUGACGGUGCCGUAGUUCAGAAUUUGGUCCUAGACGAGCUCGUGAAAGCCGCGGCCGAGGCCGGCUUUGGAACGCGUGCGUGUGAGUCUAUCGCUGAUGUGUUCUCCAUCAUUGGGACCGUCAACGUGAAGGCCAAGCUUCUUGGACGUGUUCGCCGGACUCUUGCAAAAGCAAGUGCCUUCUCUCUGGAUGAUUCACCGUGGAAUGAAUUAGGAGCCCUGACUCGGCUUUGCCUCAUUGCCUUCUACAACCCUCGCACUCCCAUUCAAACCCAACUGUUCGUACCCGAACUUGCACAUUUCAUUACGUUACUCGCAGCUCAUGGCCCAUUGCUUAUGAGAACGUCCAUCUACGGUAUCUUCGUAAACCUGAUCCACUCACUCUGUGCUGCUCGGACUGAUGAUCCGAACGCUCUGAAACGUCUGCGGGAGAUCUUGACACAUGCUUCGAACGACGUAACAUUGCACUCCUUUGGCUUGAAGCGUGUCUCUGGGCGAAGCGAAGAGCUCGCUCUCUAUCCCCAUGCGGAUGGGUUGGAUGUUGAGUCGCUCGAGAGCGUUACAGGGACUCUGGUCGAGCUCAUUACGAUCGGAGCGCCAUCGUCAGGCCUGCAGAAUACUUGGCGUGCGCGAUGGAUGAGUUUAGCGACGUUCUCUGCCUUCCAACUCAUCUCAUACACGCAAGCGCGCGCCUUUGUCGUAGUUGGCAUCUUGCGCCCAAUUACAAUCGAAGACGAUCUCCUCUACCAAAUUCUUGUCGCUCUUAAAGCCGCGUUAAAUGAACCAGAGUUGAAAGGGAAAGACAUGACCCCUAUGGUCAGCAUGAUACGAUGCAUACAUAAACUCAUAGGGGGGCUUCCCUUGAAUUCUCGCGGCCUCCCGCCCCUCAUUUGGCUCGCCGUGGCUUUGCUGAAAAUCAGUUUCCUCCCUCUAUUCAUGGAGUCUGCGCAAUUAUUAUCACACGUCAUUAGCACACUUCGACGUCACGAGAGUUACGCUCGAUCCGAUCUUGUUUCUCUGUUUGAGAGUUCCCUUUGUAGUCUCGAAAGUGGGAAGAUACGGAUCGAGAGGUACAUCUCAAUUGGCACUGACUGUCGAUUCUCAUUGUCCUUGAGCGCGGUCAUUAUCAAAGGACUGCGCCACCCCCCGACUUCUUCAUCAGCUGAGGCACUCCUACGGUCGUUGCUACAGUUUGGUGCCCGCUUCAUUCAGCCCAUACCGCAAUCUGGUCGUCCCGUUCACCACUCCGUUAUUGGGUUCUUCCUGGCGCUUCUUCCCACAUGUAAGUCGAACCGUCAGUUCAAAGAACUUGCCCGUAUCGCUGGGUGCGAUCUUAGUCCCACAAAUGGAGUCAGCGGAGAUGAUUUCGAAUAUGAAGCCAUACGAGUCCCGUUCAGCAUGUUGGGAAUUGCUAAUGCGGAUUAUGCUCUCCUCGUUACAACAUUCAUUGUCUCUAUGUUGAACAGCUCCCAAUCGAGCAAGGAGACGGAUAUGUUAUUUGCACUGUUAUCUGAUGCUAGUCUGGCCUUUCCAGAGGUAGUCACUCUCACAUUUGAGAGCAUGCUUGACAAAAUCAACGAAGCAUACGUCACAUCGAAUAAUCGUCGUAUCCUCCAAUCAUUGUCGACCAUCUCCACGCAAGCGAAUAAACUGAGUCUAACUUCAGCUGCCUCAGCCAUCUCACUCCUAUUUGAUUCAAGUGCCCCGCGAUACUAUUCAAGAAUGAAGUUGAAUAUGGAGUCCCAACCUCACAGGCGAGUGUCGAGCGAACAUGCACGGGCACUCGAAGCUGCGGACAUGCUCGAUCUACUUGAUGAUCACCAAUUCACUUCACCCGACCACCCUUCAUGUGCAAAGGAAAUGCAGAGGAUGCAAAACCUGGUGUCCGCUGUGCUUGCUUGCUUCUAG